AAUUCGGUCGAGUUACGUCGACCAAGGCGACUAAUUAGAAACGAAGUGUUUUCGCGAAAGAUUACCCGUCACUUCCGUCGCCCUUUUACAGUGUACCCGAGAUUUCCAGUCACCACUGAGGAUUAUGAACAUCUGGCGAAAGCUGACUAGGAUGUUGGGUUUUGUUGGGCGAACGCCACGCCGGCGGAAGGCACGAGUGCUAUUUGUCGGGCUAAACAACGCCGGCAAGAGCACGCUGCUGAACCGCCUGAAACCGGAUCGCGAACAACUGUCCAGGAAACUGAUCGCGCCUACCGUCGGCUUCACCACUGAUAUGUUCGUAUUCAACAACGUCAAAUUCACCGCCAGUGACAUGUCCGGCCGUGACGGGUACCGGAGCAUGUGGGAGUCGAUGUACGCGCAAUGCGACGCCAUCGUGUUCGUGGUGGACAGCACGGACCAGAUGCGCUUUGCCGUGGUCAAGGAUGAGCUGGACAUGAUGCUUCGCCACCCGGACGUGGCCGGCCGGCCGGACCUGCCCAUAUUGUUCGUGGCCAACAAAACGGCCGCGCCGGACGCGUGCGGUGCGUCUGCCUUGGCCGGCGCUCUCAGGCUGCACGAGCACAUGGAACAGGACCGUCCGUGGCGGCUGGCCAGCACGGACGUGGUGGCCGCGCCCGGCCAACCCGCCGAUGAUGGGCUAAGCGACGCCAUGGAAUGGCUGGCGGAAUUGGUCAAGCUCAAUCGACGGCAAUAA